CACGGAAAGCAAAGGAUUUGUCUGACAUCAUCGUCUACUCUCUGGCCUGUUAAGAGUUACUCACUCAGGCAAUCCCUGCUCCGCCAGAGGAGACCGUCCAAUUGCCAAGCAACCUACUGCUGGCCAAUCACUGAGCUCGGAGGUGAUGUCAUGGCGAGAGCUGAGCAGUGGUGCUGAUGUGGAGAGAAGCCCAGGGUACCACUAAUUGAGGGAGUGAAGAAGGCAGCAGCUCGCUUCUAACUGGACUGCAGAUCUGGGACAGUGUCCUGAGCUGGCAGCAGACCUACCCGACUUUCACUAGAACUCAGCUUUCACAUUCCAGAAAACAUGACCCUCGCUGCCUACAAAGAGAAGAUGAAGGAGCUCCCCCUGGUGUCCCUGUUCUGCUCCUGCUUCCUGGCCGAUCCCCUGAAUAAGUCAUCCUAUAAAUAUGAAGGCUGGUGUGGGCGACAGUGUAGGAGGAAAGAUGAAAGCCAGCGGAGGGACAGUGCUGACUGGAGAGAAAGAAGAGAGCAGGCGGACACGGUGGACCUGAACUGGUGUGUAAUUUCUGACAUGGAAGUCAUUGAGCUGAAUAAAUGCACCUCAGGCCAGUCCUUUGAAGUCAUCCUGAAGCCGCCCUCCUUUGAUGGGGUGCCCGAGUUCAAUGCCUCCCUACCCAGACGGCGAGACCCAUCACUGGAAGAAAUCCAGAAGAAACUGGAAGCAGCUGAGGAGCGAAGGAAGUACCAGGAAGCUGAGCUCCUGAAGCACCUGGCAGAGAAACGAGAACAUGAAAGGGAGGUGAUCCAAAAAGCCAUUGAGGAGAACAACAACUUCAUCAAGAUGGCUAAGGAAAAACUGGCCCAGAAGAUGGAAUCCAAUAAGGAGAACCGGGAGGCCCACCUCGCUGCCAUGUUGGAACGGCUGCAAGAGAAGGCGCCGCCUGCUGCGCGGUGACUCCCAGGACCCGAUCGGUGGCCUCGUCCCAUGGACAAGCACGCAGAGGAGGUGCGGAAAAACAAGGAGCUGAAGGAAGAGGCCUCCAGGUAAAGCCCAGAGGCACAGAGGUUUCCAGAAUGCCGGACCGCUCCAGCAGCUCCGCAGUUCCUGAGGCAGCCUCGCCCACCGCUGGCUGCUCUCCCAGCACUGGGGUUUGGGGGGAGGGGGGUGGCCAGGGGCGUUUCCUCUGCUUUUGGUGUUUGUACAUGUAAAGAAUUGACCAGUGAAGCCAUCCUAUUUGUUUCAGGGGAACAAUGAUGGGGUGGGAGAGGGGAGAGGAGAGAGGUUGGGAAAGGGAGAUGGAAGAGGACUCAUGGACAUUGCAACCCAGCCUGGGUCACGUCCUCGGGCUUUUCUUCACAGUGAGCAUCCGGGCACCGCCUUGAGGGAAGUUAAAAACAGGCAGUAGAACUCCGAGGGUAAGGCAGAGUCCUGGGUGGAGCGAGAACUGCAGGGCGUGGCCUGAGACGCCAGCAGGGAGUGGGGCCCUCCACCUGAGGCAGUGGGAUGAGGUCUGAGUGUGUGUGUGUGUUAACCAUUAUCUUUUGAUCAUCAUGACCAAUAAUGAAACAUUUACUCCAAGUCUCCAGUUUUUUUAUUUUCCCAAAUUUGUCCUUUGCCUAACUGAUAGAAUGUUCUAGAAUUUGGCUUCCGCUCCCCGCCAAAGGGCCAGAUGCUCAUUUUGUUCCUUAGUUUUACCAUCAGAACAUCCGAGGCACUGGGUGAGGAUGACUGAAACAUGCCAGCCUUUGGCAUUGCUUGCUUUUUCUUCUUCUUUUUAACCACCUGCUCUUUGUAGGCUGUCCCUUGUUGGAUUGAGUGCCCUGAAUUGAUGAGAAAAUGAAUCCAAUCUUCCUUUGUAUGGAAUGACAUUUGAAUGUGGUUCCAAGAGGCAUAGUAAAAAAGCAAGUCCCCCUUGAGAUGCCGCAGAAACAAAUCUGACUAGUAUCCAUGAGGAUGCAGGCUCCAUCCCUGGCCUUGCUCAGUGGGUUAAGGAUCCAGCAUUGCUGUUAGCUGCAGUGUAGAUCGCAGAUGAGGCUUGGAUCUGGUGGCUGUGGUGUUGGCCAGCAGCUACAGCUCCUAUUUGACUCCUAGCCUUGGAACUUCCAUAUGUUGCGGGUGUGGCCCUUAAAAAACCAGAAAAAAAAAAAAAAAAAAAGAAAACCCAAACGAUGUCCUCCUCAUUUUAGGGGUGUGGGAUGUUAGAUAAUCACAAGUAGAGAAAAUAAAAUGUUCAUUAGUGGAAGGCGGGCCGGGCUUGUGGGGGGAGCAUCAUUUCAGAUCCAAUAGUCACUUUAUCUAAAACUGAACCCUGGCUAGGAAAGGAGUGUUCCUCCUCCUCUCUCUGCAAACAGGAGUCAGGGGAGGGGCAGCCUGUGUGAACUACCCCACCCUGCCCCUCACUG